AUGCGAGAUGUUGAGCUCCUAACCGCGGCUCGCGCACUACGGCAGAGAGCGGAGACACCCAUUGAAGAGUUUACACCCACACCUGCCUUUCCUGCACUGCAGUACCUGGAGUCUGUUGAUGUUGAGGGCGUGGCCUGGAGGGCGGGGCUAAGGACUGGUGACUUCCUCAUUGAGGUGAAUGCUGUAAACGUGGUAAAAGUGGGACACAAGCAGGUGGUGUCACUCAUCCGGCAGGGUGGAAAUAGCCUCCUUAUGAAGGUGGUGUCAGUCACACGCAAGCCAGAGUCUGAGGAGACAGUCAGGAAGAAGGCACCCCCGCCUCCAAAAAGAGCACCCAGCACCACCCUUACCUUGAGGUCCAAAAGCAUGACCGCUGAGCUCGAAGAGCUAGCCUCUAGGAGGAGAAGAGGGGAAAGGCUAGAUGAGAUUUUGGCCUCUCAGGAGGCCGUACUGAGGCCAAAGGUAGAAGACUACAGAGCAGCCACGGUGAAGCAACGUCCUACCAGUCGCCGAAUGACACCAGCAGAAAUCAGUUCUCUUUUUGAGCGGCAAGGACUUGCUCUUCAUGGUGCUCUUCAUCCAGCAUUGGAAAAAGCCCACAUGCAGCUGCCGAAAAGCAUGGCUAGAACAAAGUCUUUUGGAGCAACCGAAGAGGAUCGACUGUCUGCCCUAGCAGCGGAACACAGGUUUCCACGGAGCUCCUCCAUGACGGACAGCCUGAGGGACAGCCAUAGUAUUCCUCCACCUCCCCAAAUGGCUCCCCCACCUCCCCCGUCACUUUACUAUCUAGAUACCGGACCCCCUCCUUCGUUCUGCCCACCUCCUCCCCCUGGCCGCAUUCAUGACCCUAGCCGUUCCAGUUUUAAACCAGGCUCUGAGCCAAGACUGCAUGCUUUGCCACAGACAAUGUCCGCUGAGCUUUAUGAGCCGCCUCGCCAUGCCUCCCACAUGGAACGGCAGAAGAAAGCCCGCUCCAUGAUCAUUCUGCAGGACUCCACCCACCUCCCCGUAGAGCCUACUGACAUCCCCAGGCCAGGUCCUAUCUCAACUCCGCCCGAGAGGAUCAAGCGGAAAGGUCGAGUCAUCGAUAACCCCUACGCCAAUGUGGGCCAGUUCAACGUAGGCCUGUUCAUGCCGCCUCCCAGCAAGCCACAGCGGAGGAAGAGCCCACUUGUAAAGCAACUGCAGGUGGAAGAUGCUCAGGAGAGAGCCUCACUAGCACUGGCAUCCAUCCAUGCAAGAGAGCACUCUCCCUCUGGGCGCCUAGCUGCCCACCACACCAGCAGGGCUGAUUUCUAUCAUCAGCAGCAGCAGCUGUUGAAGGAACGCAGUCAGGCUCAGGCUGAGGGAUUGUUGCAAGGGAAAGGACCUUUUGCUGCUGCAAUUGCUGAUGCUGUGAAAGACCGGGAACGUCGUCUGGAGGAGAGGCGGAAAUCUACAGUCUUCCUAUCAGUGGGCACUAUGGAGGGCAGUUCAGCACCACCCCCAGAGGCCCCCUCACUCACACCAUCACGUUCUGUCGAUGAACUAAUGCUCACACGUGAACUUGGUCAGUUGCCUCCUCCCGCCUUGGCGUUGCGUCCCUCGCCUGGGGGCACCACCUUCAUUCACCCACUGACGGGCAAGCCCCUGGACCCUAACUCUCCAUUGGCACUUGCGCUGGCCGCAAGGGAACGAGCAUUAACCUCCCAGAGUCAGUCCCCUUCAAGCAGCCCUGAGCCCAGAACUAAACACGAAGCAGCUGGAGGGGUGCUGUAUAUGGAGACCCAGACCAAAGAGGCUGAGCGGUCAGAGGCUGAGGGGGAGUUUGCCUCGCCUCCCUUUUCCCCUGCGGCAAAAAGAAUUUAUGAGACCUCCGCCCCCACCAGCAAAAUUCAGUGGGGAAGUCCCAUAUCCACCAGGAAAGAUUUUGAAACAAGGACAGAAAGGAAGGAGGAGGGCAAAAUUGAGGACAAGAAAAGUAUGAUCAUCAGCAUCAUGGACACAUCUCAGCAGAAAACUGCUGGGCUUAUCAUGGUUCAUGCAACGAGUAAUGGGCAGGCUGUGGGGCCCAGCCCAGAGCACAGUGUCCCCUCUCCUAAGGCAUUGUCAGAGAGUCCAAAACCCAUGUUGGCUGAAAUAAAACGAGCCAAGUCCCCUGGUCCUGAUGCUUCUUCAAUAUCAACCCCACCCCCAGCCACAGCUCCAGCUUCCCAGCCAUCUCCCACCCCAGCCGCAGAUAAAACUCUGGCUCAGGGUAGUUCCGAAGAGGAUGUCGAUCCCUACACUGUCACCUUGCCACCUGCCAUGCUCUCCUCCAGUGAUGAGGAGACGCGUGAGGAUCUCCGUAAAAUUGGUGUGGUUCCUCCACCGGAUGAAUUUGCCAAUGGCCUUCUUGGAAAAACACCUGGAACUGCAGUACCUCCUGUUCAUACACUGGGGCAGACAACCCCUUCUGCCCUGCCCUCAGCUCCACCCCCACUCCCUGCCCCUCCAGCAGCGGUCGCCGCUGCAGCACAGGUUCCCGCUAGCAGUGGCCCACUUGCAGCCUCAGGGAAGCCAUCUGAGUCCCACCUGGGCCCAGAGUCUGCUGCUGACUCUGGGGUGGAAGAGGUAGACACUCGUAGCUCCAGCGAUCACCACUUGGAGACCACGAGCACCAUCUCCACUGUCUCCAGCAUGUCUACACUGUCCUCGGAAAGCGGCGAGCCCACGGACACCUACACCACCUACGCAGAUGGCCAGACGUUCAUUCUUGAUAAGCCGCCAGUGCCUCCAAAGCCAAAGCUCAAGUCCCAGCUCAGCAAGGGCCCGGUGACAUUCAGGGACCCCCUGCUUAAACAGUCAUCUGAUAGCGAACUGCUCUCACAGCAGCACGCGGCUGCGCUGGCUGCUGCUGCGGGAGCCUCAGGCCCGGCCAGACCCCGCUACCUCUUCCAGAGACGCUCCAAGUUGUGGGGGGACCCUGUGGAACCCCGUCCGCUUUCGGGGGCAGAGGAAGGCAAGCCCACUGUGAUCAGUGAGCUCAGCUCAAGGCUGCAGCAGCUGAACAAGGACACACGCUCACUUGGGGAAGAGCCACUUGGAGCUUCACUUGACCCCGGAAGGAAAUCACCCGUGGUUGGUGCAAGACUCUUCAGCAGUUUGGGGGAGCUCCAUACUAUCUCUCAGAGAGGCUACGGCACCACCUACACCAUCAGACCAGGCAGCCGAUACCCAGUGACCCGGCGGACGCCAAGCCCCGGUUCCCCGGACCGCUCAGAUCCUCUGGGACCCAUCCGGGGCUUUGGCCUGGCCACUUCUCCUAUCACACCCCCCACCAUCCUUAAGUCGUCUAGCCUCAGUCUCCCUCACGAACCGAAAGAAGUGCGUUUCGUCAUGAGGAGCUCCAGUGCGCGGAGUCGCUCUCCCUCUCCCGCCCCUUCGCCGGGCAUGCCCUCCCCCCUGCUGGCCCUUCGGCCGUUCCACCAGAAGCCCCUCCACCUGUGGAACAAGUAUGACGUAGGCGACUGGCUGGCCAGCAUUAACCUGGCCGAACACCGGGAGCGAUUCCAGGAGCAUGAGAUCGAGGGCUCCCAUUUGCCCGCUCUGACCAAGGAGGACUUCGCUGAGCUGGGUGUGACGCGCGUCGGUCAUCGCAUGAACAUUGAGCGCGCUCUUAAACUGCUGCUGGAGAGUUGACCAAGCGCCUCCCUCUGCCUGUAGCUAGUCUCCACACAGUUUAUUUUCUUAUUUGCUUGUGUUUUUAUUUUACUCGUGAUUCUCAGACUUUAAAGCCAAAGUGUGUCAUUUUUAUGUUAAAAUACUUUCUCCUAUCCCAGCUUAAUAUUAGCUUCAAAGUGUUGCUCUGAUCAAAUGAGCAGCUCAACCAAACCCGACAUAUUUGGGAAACAAUUUGAAUGCAAUAAUUAAUUUUUCCAUUUCUGAUUGCCCCAAAAAUGACACACUCCAGCUUUAAAUAACCCCAUUAUUUCCUAAACCUAUCAUUGGUAAAGUGGGUGUUUGCUCCAUGCCAUUUUUGUAGCACUAUGUUAAGCCCCUCCCACAUCAAUGCCAGCCUCAAAUCACAUGGGUGCUGUGUGUUUGGGAGGGGCUGUGAAUUGACUUUGUUCACACUGUACACAAAUCUGAUUUUUAGGACUGACUGAUGAAAUCAGAUCCGCUUUUUCAGGCAGCAUAUUCAACUUUCAGAAACAAAAUCUGGAAUCAUGUUCGUCAUGGAUUCUUGCCGUGGUGCUGAACUCAUGAUUCAUUGAAGUGUUUUAUGCAUUUUUGCAAAUUUCAUAGUGAAUUAGGAAAAACUACUUUAAAUUCCCUCACAAAUGUAGUUUGAAAAUUCCGAUUUCAUGUUUAGCGACAAAAAUACACCAAAACGUGUCUUUGUCUGAACAAAGCCCACGCAGAACAUCUCAUAAUUGAUUCUUCAGUUUUAUUAGCAUGAUAAACACCCACUAAUCCCGUAGUCCCAAAUCCUUUUUUUUUCCUGCUUCUUACCACAACAUCAUUGAUCCAUAAAAAAAGGAGGGAUGCUGUUGAGAAUAGGAAGUUCAGUUGCCUUUCAGAGUAUUUUUUUAGGAGUGGAUGAGCAGACUGGGCGUGGCCAGAUCCUCUCUGUCUACCACCUGCCCCCUUCUGGCUGAGGGACGUACUGCACUCGGAGAAUGUUUAACCAAUACUAGUGGCUUUUUUUCAUAAUCAGACUCUCACUUUGGGUUUCCAAAGGAAAUAUGACAUUAGAUAGAAUAUCUCAAUGUAUUUAAAUAGCUUUGAAAAUGGAGAGGGACAGCAAACAGGAUGGACUGUGCAAAACCGCACCUGUCUCUCUCCCUAGAUGAUUUAGUCCACCAAUAAUUUACUCAUUUUUACCAAUUAUAUACAUAUAUAUUUGACAGAAAAAAAGUAUAUAGAUAUAUGAAUAUAACAUUUUUGUCAUAAAUAUAAAACUUAUAUAUGAUAUUAUAUACAUAUAUAAAGACAAAAAACACUCUUGAAGAUGAUUUUUUUGAUGGUUAUCCUUUUAUGAUGGACUGUAGCAUGAAACGUUACAUCACCAUACGAAAUGACAGUUGACUGGUUCGAUUGAUUUGAAUUGUACAACCCCAUUUUUUGCUUUCGUUUGUUAUAAUUUUACAGAACCUGGUCUUCCAUCUAUUAUUGAACAUCCCACAGUGGGGUGUAAUGGUGUAUGUUUGAGCCCUUCACACAGACCACUUUUGUUAUUUUUCGUUUGUAAUUUUUCAUAUAACAAAAAAAAAAAAAGUGUUACCAAUACAGUUACACGCUUUCAUGCACACAACCACACUAGUUUCUUAUCCAAAUAUGACUUUGCUAAAUCAAAAGUCUUCUUAAUCUGGUAAUACGAAAUUCUGAAUAAGAAACUGCAAUAAGUGUGCGUGUAAGCGAGUGUGUGAACAAACGUGUGUGAGGUGUGCAUGACAGAACCACUGUGGGACGAGAAACAUCUGUAAUAUCGCAGCUUAUCUUGAUGGUGAUGGCUGGUGUUCAACAUCUCAUAAACAAACCAGAAGACAGAAUCUAUAAUUGUAAACGUUUCCACCGUAUGGCUUAUAUGGUAAUCUGUUUGUUUUGGCCUUUUUUUAUUUCUUUAUUUAAUGUUUUGUUUUGGGUUUUUUUUUUUCUCUCCUCAUAGGUGGAUUUUGUAGCUUGUGAAAUAUGAUGCUUAGAAGAAUUUUUAUGAAUUCAUUUAGAAUGAAUUUUAGGAUGACAAUUAUUUAAAAGAUGAAGCUAAGGACAAAAGAUUUAUUGAAAAAAACAAUCAGAAAAAAAGCUCAGAGAUCCUGCAGCUGUAUAUAUAUAGUCAAAUGACUAAAAUAUUUGCUUUUUAUAUCAAUCACAAGCAAUGUAUAUACGAUAGUUUUCAUAUAAAUUUUUAAAAUUCAAAAAAGAUAUAGAUCUAUAUAUGAAUGUUUGGCAUAUAUGCAUAGUUAACCACCUGUGAAAAAAGGUGAAGAUUUUACUCUUUGUACGGAGUUCGGGGGUGAUUUGCACAAAACAAGGUGCUAGCAUUUCAAGCCAUUCAUUCCCACCUGUCUGAUUCUAACCCUCCAUUAGGGCUCAACAGAUGCAUAUGACCUGUUUGUAUAUUUAAAAUGAAGCCUGGGACAUGCAAACACACUGAUGCUCAUUUCUGUUCAGUCUUGUUUUUGAUGUGCGUUUUUCUAAACAGACUGUGACAGAGGAGAGAGUUAAUGCUUCACCCAUUGGUCAGCUAAAAUCUGUCCGCAUGCAAACAGCCAAGGACGACAACACCUUCUCAGUGCUUCGUUAGACGAGUGUUUUUGAUGACACGCCAGUAACACUGUGUAAGAAAGCCCCUUCCGUAGGAGCAACUUUGACUCUGAGUAGUUGAUAGCAUAUUUAUCUUGACAUGGAUAAAAAAGAAUCUGUGAGCGAUUGAAGUACAGCCAGUUUACAGUACAGUUAAAUACACAUCACUCAAUCCCAUUCUGUACACACAGUUAAAUAUGGGAGUGGCAUUCUACAACUGAAUUUAUUAUGAGAAAUUGAUCUUAAUUUGGAGAUUUUAUUUAUUUAUUUAUUUAUUUCAUUUAACACAUUAAUGUAUCACUGUUUUUUUAAAGAUGAAUGAUCUUUAGAAUCUAUUUUUUUAGAUUGUGUGUGUGUGUGUGUGUGUGUAAACUAUAUAUAUUGAUUAUACCCUAUAUACACACUAGCACUAUAUAUUUUUUAAGGAAUCAUUAAGAGCGCAUUGAUCAAAAGUGACACUAGACGUUUACUACAUUCUACAUUUACAAGAUUUCGACAAAAAUAUUAAACAUUGAUAAUAAGAAAUAUUGAGCCGGAAAUUCAAUAUAUUAUUAUGAUAUACUGGAGUAAUGAUGCUGAAAAAUCA